CGUCAUUCUGCAUAGUGGUCGAGAGGAGAGAUGAGAUGGGGAUGGCGAGCAGAGCGAGAGAAAGGAGCGGCAUGGGGCAGUGGUGAAGGAACCUGGUGGCGCUCGUCGGCCGUCGACGGUCGCGGAGCCGCGGGGCCGAAUUGAUAUGUGGCAUUUUGGUAAACUUUUUUCCAAAUCCGCGAAGGUAUCCGGCCCCCUUGUUUUUUUUUAAGGUAUCUCCCCCGGAGGCCGCCCCUCCCACACUAGUCCGCCCCAUCCAUCAUUCCAUCAUGUUCGCCUCCAUCUGCCGGCGGCGGCUCGCCCUCCGAAUCCAUCAAAUCGCUGGCGGCGGCGGCGGCACAAACCUCCUCGAAUUCAUCCCUGGCACCAUUCCUCUCGCCCACUGCUACACCUCGCCCGCCGUCGCCGAAGUCCCGAGCUCGGAGCCCUGCCCCGACACCGUUUCCUACCUCAUCUCGUGCGGCCUCUCCCCCGCCGCCGCUGGCGCGGCCACCACCGCUCAACACCUCCGCAUCCGCUCCACCGACAAGGCCGACGCUGUGCGCGCCCUCCUCAAGAUCUACGGUUUCACCGACGCGGACAUCGUCCGGACCUUGCGCAGCGCCCCGGUUAUCCUCGUCGCUGACCCCGAGCGGAUCCUCCGCCCCAAGCUCGACUUUUUCGCCUCCCUAGGCUUCGAGACCCACAAGCUCGCAACUGAGCCUUUGCUGCUCGCACGCAGCCUCGACAAGCACCUCGUCCCCGCCAUCCAGUUCCUCCGCGGGAUCAUCGGCAGCGACGACGACCUCCGCCGCGCUUUUCACCGCGUCCCCCGCGGCCUUGCUGUGGACCUCGAUAACAACAUGCGCCCCGCCGUGGAAGCUCUCCGCCGCGGCGGCCUCACAGAGGCCGACAUUUCGAAGCUACUCGUCAUCCGGUUGGGCGUGCUCUUGUCGUCACCGGAUCGCAUCAGCGAAAUCUUUGAGGAACUCAAGGCGAUGGGCAUGUCCGUCUUGGACCCACGCUUCCUCUACUGCUUCCGUGCGAUGUCCGGUGUUAAGAGGGACUCAUGGCUGCGGAAAAUGGCAUUUUACCAGAGCUUCGGGCUGUCAGAGGGUGAGUUGCUGCAGGCCUUCAAGACGCAGCCCACCAUUUUCCUUUUCACCGAUGAGAGCAUAAAAAAGAAGGUCCGAUUCCUGCUGGACGAGCUGAAGCUUGGAAUAAGUGAUGUAAUUGCGCGGCCUGUAGUUCUAGGCUAUAGCUUGGAGAAGUGCAUCCUGCCGAGGUGCGCCGUGCUGACUGUGUUGAUGAGGGAGGGGAGGAUUCGGAGAGAUAUCAAAUUGCUUCAGGCAUUGCUUGGCAGUUCCAGGAAUUUCGAGACCAGGUAUGUGUUGAGGCAUGCUGAUGAUGUGCCAGAUGUUGUUAAGGCAUAUCAGGGUAAGAUCAAAUUUGAAGGAUUCAAAUAGGCUGGUCUUCUAGAAUGAUAUAAUUCUAGAUUAGGCUUAUGUUUCUAGUGCCAAUGUUAAAGAUCAAGUCAUGAUUCAUGAUUCUAACAGUACUUCCGAGGACAGUUUUGCCCUAUUGGUAGCCCAUGUUACUGAGUAUCAACUACAUUUGUAGUUUAACAUCUGUGAUUUUGCAUCCUGCAGCCUAUUAAAAUCUAGAAACAUAGUAGAUGGUUUGUUGUUGUAUAGAGGCUGCGUCAAUUAAUUCGGAUCGGAGGGAGUAUUGAAGUUUCUUGAUCUUGUAUGUUCAACCAGUUCUUUUAACCGUUUGUGCUUUUUAGAUUGAUUA